AUGUUUGGCGUCAAACGGUCGAGAGAGGACGAUGGGUCAGAGCUUGUCCAUCAGCACAAACUCCACAAGCUUCAGAAGCGCGAUCCAUCCUCGCAAUCAUCUGGCUUCAGGCCUGAUUCAACCGCCGACCUCGACCUCAACCAGACCCUUCGCUUUCGAGCCCCCACAUUGACACCUGUGGAUUCUGAUGAUGAACUCGACAAAAUCGGCGCAAAGCUUGUGUCACUCGGUCAGUUCAACGAGUCAUUCCGUGAACCCACUGUUUACUACGAGCGGCAACGUGAUCCGGCCAAGCUGCAGCGGCAGCAAUGUAAAUUCCCUAUCUCAAAGUACAUCCGACCAAUCCUUCGGCAACAAUAG